GGGGAGGGGGGCUGCCGCCCUGGAGCCCCCGCCUUCCUGCCGCCUGCAGUUUGGGGGCGAAGCGCGACCCCUGCGAAGCGCAACGAGGCGCCGCGAGGCCCGCGGCAGACCUCCGGGAUGGAAACCUUGUCCUUCCCCAGAUACAAUGUGGCUGAGAUUGUGACCCACGUGCGAAACAAGAUCCUAACGGGGCCCGACGGCAAAAACCUCUCCAAGACUGACCUUUACCCCAACCCGAAGCCCGAGGUCCUGCACAUGAUCUACCUGCGCGCCCUGCAGAUGGUGUACGGCACGCGCCUGGAGCACUUCUACAUGAUGCCAGUGAACUCGGACGUCAUGUACCCGCACCUGAUGGAGGGCUUCCUGCCCGUCAGCAACCUGUUCAUCUACCUGAACUCGUUCCUGCCCAUCUGCCGCGUGAACGACUUCGAGACGGCAGACAUCCUGUACCCGAAGGCCAAGCGGACCUGCCGGUUCCUGAGCGGCAUCAUCAACUUCAUCCACUUCCGGGAGGCGUGCCGGGAGACGUACCUGGAGUUCCUCUGGCAAUACAAAUCCUCGGUGGACAAGAUGCAGCAGUUGAACACGGCCCACCAGGAGGCGCUGGCGAGACUGGAGAAGCUCGACUCCGUUCCAGCCGAGGAGCAGGCGGAGUUCCAGCAGCUGUCCGAGGAGAUCCAGGAGCUGCAGCAGCUGCUGAACCAGGACUUCCGGCAGAAGACGACGCUGCUGCAGGAGCGCAACGCCCAGAAGAAGGCCGACCUGUCGGAGAAAGCCAAGCACCUGAACGAGCUGAAACUGUCCGUGGUGUCCCUGAAGGAAGUGCAAGAGGGUCUGAAGACCAAAGUGGUGGAUUCUCCAGAGAAGCUGAAGAAUUACAAGGAGAAAAUGAAAGACACAGUGCAGAAGCUCAAAAAUUCCAGGCUUGAGGUCAUGGAGAAGUACGAGCUCUACCGCGACUCGGUGGACGGGCUGCCGUCCUGCCAGCUGGAGGUGCAGCUGUACCAGAAGAAGAUCCAGGACCUGGCCGAGAACCGGGACCGGCUGGCCGGCGUCCUGAAGGAGAGCCUGCACCUGGAGGACCAGAUCGAGAGCGGCGAGUCGGACCUGAAGAAGCUGAAGGCGGAGGAGAACGCCCUGCGCAGGCUGGUGAACGCCAAGAAGGAGCGGCUGGCCACGCUGCAGUUCAGGGCCCGCCAGAAGCACGAGGACGCCAAGCAGUACAAGCGCGCGGUGAUCGAAGACUGCAGUAAAGUCCAGGAGAAGAGGGGGGCCGUCUACGAGCGAAUAACCGCGACCAACCAGGAGAUCCAGAAGGUCCGCUCCGCCAUCCAGCAGCUGAGGGAGACGGCCGAGAGGGAGAAGCUGAGGUCCCAGGAGAUCUUUCUGGCCUUGAGGGGGGCCCUGGAGAAGUACCACGAGGGCGUCGAGAGGGCAGCGCAGGAGGGCCGCGCGGAGCUGGACGAGCGGGCCGCCGAGCUGCAGAGGAGGCUGUCCAGGCUGCCGGCCUGACGGGCGCGCGAGGGCCGUCCUGUCAGGACUGGGGCCAGCGGGGGCGGGGGGAGUGGACAGUGCCGAGGAGGCUGUUUUCGGGUGGCCCCCGGGUGGUGGCACCCCCAGGUGGUGGCGCCCCCUGGUGGUGGCCUGUGGGGCGGUGUGUCUGGUGCAGACCCUGUGGUGUCACAAUAAAGUCUUGCAGCUGCCUGC